AAUAAACCAAAAGAUAAUCUGGAUAUUGUUAGAAAAGGAGCCCACCUGGCCAAAACCAAGUCACACAAAGACCAUAUGCAUAUAAUCACAUCUUCAAAACAAGAACACGAACCAACACUUCUUGAUUUGCGACAAAAAUGGCAGUUAUUCAUGGCCGUUACUUUCCCUCCAAUUUUUCAGCAAAACUAAGCAACUACAAAAGAAAAACACCCAAACAAUCACCUCUGCCAACUUUCAUAUCUACUAAUCCAUCAGACAUCAACCCUUUUCACCUGAGAGAUCUUUACAGCCAAUGCAACCGUUCUCCCCACCGUUUCCCACUUCGAGAUUCCGAAAACCAGGUUGAGCCUGUUGAGGUUAAUAAGCUCAGCAUUGCUCUUUCCAACAGUACUGUUGUGGUUUCUGUUUUUACUAGACCAGAGCUUGAUCUGCCAGGGGAGCUGGAGGGUUUGGAAGGGGUUGAAGAGGGUGGAGAUUGGUUUCGAAAACUGAUGCCUUUGUCACCUGCGAAUGGACGGUUGGUGGGGUUUGGCCGGGCUGUUUCAGAUUUUUGUCUGACUGCUUCUAUCUAUGAUGUUAUGGUUCUUCCAGCCCUGCAAGGAAGAGGAAUUGGGAGGAAGAUACUUCAGAAGAUAAUAAGAUCACUGACCAACAGAGGCAUAUAUGAUAUUGCUGCCCUCUGCUCUGAAGAAGAGAGGCAAUUCUUCAAGGCAUGUGGAUUUGAAAAUGACAUAAUGGGUUCUACCACGAUGAUGUAUACCAGAACCAGUUCUACUUCUGAGGCCAAACAGAUGGUUCAGCGUGCUGGUAGAAAAUCGCUCUUAUUGCCACCAGAUCGAAAGCCCUUUCAAUCAUGAU